AUGGCAGAGGAACAAGUGCCUGAAAGAAGAUCACUGAGACCACAAGAGACAGAUGAAGAGAGAGCUGAAAGGUUGGCAAAACAGGAGGAAGUUGAUUCACGGUCAAUAUAUGUAGGAAAUGUCGAUUAUCAGUCAACACCUGAGCAAUUGGAGGAGUUUUUCCAUGUCGUUGGGGUUAUUGAAAGGGUCACAAUAUUGUUUGAUAAGUAUAGUGGGUUGCCUAAAGGUUAUGCUUACGUUGAAUUUGAAAAAAUUGAAAGUGUCAACAAAGCCGUUGAGGACUUGCAUGGUAAAGAGUUUAGAGGUAGGGAGGUCCGAGUCACUCCAAAGAGGACUAAUUUACCUGGCUUUAGGAAAAGAGGAUCAAGAAGUAGAGGAGGAUUCAGAGGAAGAGGAGGUAUAAGAGGUAGGGGUAGAAGUGGAGGGAGAGGAAGAGGAAGAGGAAGAGGCAGUGGUAGUGGAGUAGAUAAGGCUCGAGGUAACGGAGAAAACUCAGAAACUGCGACAGCAGCUGAGCCUGCAGGUUUUGAGAAUUAA